AUGGCCUCCCCUUCGACAGGCGCAGGUGCCAGCAGCAGCAGUGGCAAUGGCACUGAGAACAUGGCUAUGCCUUCACGGAAUCCAUUGCCACUUUCCGCAAGCCAAGAAGCACAGGUGCGCGAGGUGUUCAACCAGAGGGUACGGAGGGCUUGUGCCGACGAGGUCAGAGCUUUUGCCGAGUGCGCCAAGCAACACACGUUUACAGUAUCGUUUGCCUGCCGUCAACUCACGCUGGCCAUGAACUCGUGCAUGGCGGCGCACGCAACACAGGCCGAGCACGACCGGGCGCGCGAGGAGUGGUUCGCCGGCCGCAUGGCGCGGGCCAAGGAGCGCGAGCGCAAGGAGCGACGCAAGCUUGAGCAGGAAAAGUUCCACCGCGAGUGGUGGGGCCUGCCGCAAAAGGACCCCGAGGCCAUCCGCCGCGAGGAGGAAAAGUUGGGCCGCGCUGAGCGUAUUGGUGGCUUCAGGAGCCAGCGGCCCCCGGUGGCGGGCGGCGGGGACGAACGGACGAGGUAG